CAAAUUUUGUCUGGGAAAAUUUGGCGCCAAUAUUUUGUUUACUUGGAAGUUGAAGACGAAAUGGUGUUGCAGAACAGUGGGAAGUACAAAGCGGAUAACGAUCCUGAUAACACGGGACGAGAAGAUGGUUCAGACAGACGCCUUCAGAGGGCACUUGCUGGUGAUGCAGUGGACAGCAAGUUUGGGUUUGACAGAUACAAAGAAGCAAAGGAUAGAACUGGAUGGCUUAUCAAUAUGCACCCUGCAGACAUAUUAGAUGAGAAUAAGCAGUUGAUUAGUGCUGUGGAUUAUUACUUUCUACAAGAAGAUGGGUCUCGUUUCAAGGCCACACUACCGUUCAAGCCAUACUUCUUUGUUGCUACAAAGCAAGGAUGUGAAAGAGAAGUAGCAUCAUAUUUGACCAAAAAAUUCUCAGGGAAAUUAGCCACCGUAGAGACUGUUUUUAAAGAGGAUUUAGACUUGCCAAAUCACUUGGUGGGACUAAAGCGACAAUAUUUGAAGCUGUCUUUUCUCUCAGUGGAGGACCUUACAAAAGUGAGGCGGGAAAUCCAGCCAGCAGUCCGCAAAAAUAAAGAGCGAGAACAGUCCAGUGAAGCUUACACAACGUUGCUCAGCAACCAUCUUCUUGGGGCAGAUGGGGAUAAUUCUGAAAACAAAGCAACAAAUCAAAUGGAAAAUAUAAUUGACAUAAGAGAGUAUGACGUUCCGUACCAUGUGCGAGUGUCCAUUGACCUGAAGAUCUUUGUGGGUCACUGGUACACGGUGAGGGGGCGGGGAUCACUUCCUGUAGAAAUUCGCCACAGAGAGGACCUCGUCGACAGGCCGGAUCCUGUUGUUUUGGCUUUUGACAUAGAAACAACAAAAUUACCUCUGAAGUUCCCUGAUUCUCAAACUGAUCAGAUAAUAAUGAUAUCAUACAUGAUUGAUGGCCAGGGUUUCUUGAUCUGUAACCGUGAGAUUGUGUCACAGGACGUAGAGGACUUUGAGUACACCCCACGCCCCGAGUUUGAGGGACCAUUCACUGUCUUCAACGAGCCAGAUGAGGAGGCUUUGCUGAGACGAUUCUUUGACCACAUUCUGGAAGUGAAGCCCCAGAUAUUUGUGACGUACAAUGGAGAUAGUUUUGACUGGCCAUUUGUUGAGACGCGAGCUGCUAUACACGACAUAGACAUGUCCCUAGAGAUAGGCUUCCAGAAAGACAACCAAGGAGAGUACAAGUCCCGGCCUGCUGUCCACAUGGAUUGCUUCAGAUGGGUAAAGAGAGACAGCUAUUUGCCAGUUGGAAGUCAGAAUCUGAAGGCUGUAGCAAAGGCCAAGUUGAGAUACAAUCCUGUAGAGCUGGACCCUGAGGAAAUGUGUAGGAUGGCCAGUGAAGAACCGCAGGUCUUGGCGAACUACUCUGUGUCAGAUGCAGUAGCUACAUACUAUCUGUACAUGAAGUAUGUUCAUCCCUUUACAUUUGCCUUGUGCACCAUCAUUCCUAUGGAGCCAGAUGAGGUUUUGAGAAAAGGCUCUGGGACUCUAUGUGAAGCAUUACUUAUGGUCCAAGCCUAUCACGCAAAUAUUGUGUUCCCUAACAAACAGGAAGCCAUCUGGAACAAGAUGACGGACGACGGACAUGUACUGGACUCAGAGACCUAUGUUGGGGGUCACGUAGAAGCCCUGGAGUCAGGGGUCUUCAGAGCAAACAUACCUUGUAGAUUUAGAAUGGUACCAGAGGCAUUCCAGAAUCUGAUAGACAAAGUGGACAAGACGAUGAAGCAUGCGAUAGAGGUGGAGGAGAAGAUCCCGAUGGAGGAGGUGACAAACUUUGACGAGGUGUGUGCAGACAUCAUUGAGAGUCUGUCUAUGCUGAGGGACUGUCCCAACAGGCUGGAGAACCCGAUUAUAUACCACCUGGACGUAGGUGCCAUGUACCCCAAUAUUAUCCUGACCAACAGGUUACAGCCUCCUGCUAUUAUUGAUGAGAGCACCUGUGCUGCAUGUGAUUUUAAUAAACCAGGGGCCACCUGUCAGAGAAAGUUGCCCUGGAUGUGGAGGGGAGAGUACAUGCCUGCCUCCAGGAAUGAGUUCCACAGAAUUCAGCAGCAGCUGGAGAAUGAGAAGUUCCCUCCCUACCAGCCUGGUGGCCCCCCGCGAGCCUUCCACCAGCUGACCAAGGAGGAACAGGCCACUGCUGAGAAGAAAAGACUCUCAGAUUACUGCCGGAAAGCUUACAAAAAAGUCCAUUCCACUCGCAUAGAAGAGCGAAUUGCCACUAUCUGCCAGAGAGAAAACUCUUUCUAUGUUGACACUGUGCGAGCUUUCAGAGAUCGCAGAUAUGAAUUUAAGGGCUUAAACAAAGCCUGGGGUAAAAAGUUAGCAGAGGCCAAGAAGUCUGGGGAUGCAGCAGAAAUAAAGAAAGCCAACGGAAUGGUGGUUCUUUACGAUUCUCUUCAGCUGGCUCACAAGUGUAUCCUCAACUCAUUUUAUGGAUAUGUCAUGAGAAAAGGAGCCCGAUGGUAUAGCAUGGAGAUGGCGGGGGUGGUGUGUUACACAGGGGCCAACAUCAUUACCAAAGCCAGGGAAAUAGUCGAACAGAUUGGUCGCCCUCUGGAACUGGACACUGAUGGUAUUUGGUGUGUGUUGCCUGCUACAUUCCCAGAAAACUAUGUAGUCAAGACAACCAAUGCCAAAAAACCUAAAGUAACCGUGUCAUAUCCAGGAGCCAUGCUGAAUAUCAUGGUCAAGGACUUUUUCACCAAUGACCAAUACCAGGAGUUGGAGGAUGCUAGAUCCCUGAAGUACUCGGUACGCAGUGAAAACUCCAUCUUCUUUGAGGUGGAUGGCCCCUAUCUUGCCAUGAUCCUGCCGGCUUCAAAGGAGGAAGGGAAGAAGCUGAAGAAGAGAUAUGCAGUGUUUAACUUUGAUGGAUCUCUAGCUGAAUUAAAGGGAUUUGAGGUGAAGAGACGAGGUGAGUUGGAACUGAUCAAGAUUUUCCAGUCCUCGGUGUUUGAGGCAUUUCUGAAGGGCACCACCCUGGACGAGUGUUAUGCCGCGGUGGCUAAAGUAGCUGACUAUUGGCUGGAUGUUCUCUUCAGCAAGGCAGCUAACAUGCCUGACUCGGAACUGUUUGAGUUGAUCGCUGAGAAACGUAACAUGUCCAGAACACUGGCGGACUACGGCGAGCAGAAAUCCACGUCUAUAAGUACAGCUAAACGUCUGGCAGAGUUUUUGGGAGACCAGAUGGUAAAGGAUGCCGGUUUGAACUGUCACUAUGUGAUCUCCAAGAAGCCUGAGGGUGCGCCGGUCACAGAGAGAGCUAUCCCCCUGGCCAUCUUCCAGGCAGAGCCCAGUGUGACCAAGCAUUAUCUCAGGAAGUGGCUCAAGAGCCCCAGCCUCACAGACUUUGGGAUCAGAGAGAUUUUGGAUUGGGAAUACUACAUUGAGAGACUCGGGGGCUGUGUUCAGAAGAUAAUCACCAUUCCAGCUGCUCUACAACAGGUGGCCAACCCAGUCCCUAGAGUGCCUCAUCCACCCUGGCUCCACAAGAAGCUGAUGGAGAGGAACGAUGUGUUUAAGCAGAAGAAGAUCAGUGAAAUCUUUGCUCCAGCUCAAAGAAAGAAGACAGAGGAGAUUUCCUCAGAGAGGGAGCUAUUCUCUCAGGAGGAUGAACAGACUCCAAGUGUGACAGAUAUGGAGGACAUGAUGAACUUCAAAAAGCCCACAAACGGCAUGGUGCUCAGUCACAAGAGGAAGCGAGACCGGUCGAGCAUUGGAGACUCGGAGGCCAGUCAGGAUUCCCAGGAGUCACAGACCUGGAGGGAAAUCCUGGGAACACCCCCGCCAAUGGGAAACACAAAGGAGGAAAGAAAAGUUUGGCUGGAGUAUCACAAGAAGAAAUGGCAGCUUCAAGCCAAAGACAGAACAGAGAGGAAGAGGAGACGGGUGGAAUUUGGAGAUGUCCCGACCGGAACCUACCUGGGCGGAAACAAGUCCGGUCUUAGCGGAUUCCUGCGGCGGACUGCUCGCAGUAUCAUGGACAUGCCCUGGCAGAUUGUGCAGCUGAUGGAGACGGGACACCCAGGACAGUUUAAGCUGUGGGCACUGAUUGGGAAUGACCUUCAUGCCAUGAAGGUCAAUGUCCCCCGAAUCUUUUAUGUCAACCAGAGAACUCCCAAGGAAGGAGAGGGAGCCAUGUGGAAGAAGGUGAUAAAGACGCUCCCUCGCUCACACCCUGUGAUGUACCUGUAUGAAUACUCUGUCCCAGAGGAUGUGUAUGAGGAGCACAUCAAUGAGAUCAGUGCGGACCUUUCCUCCCCAGACAUAGAGGGAGUGUAUGAGACACAGGUCCCCCUGCUGUUCCGAGCUCUCUACAGACUCGGCUGUAUCACGACCGUCAACAGGGACUUUGCCAAGUACAUGCAGGGACGAGAAACUGACACCUUUGAACUGGAUCACCUGAAUUUCAGGACUCUUGCUCAGUUUUCCUAUUUAGAGCCAGGCUCUAUAAAACACAUCUACCUGUAUCAUCACAUAUGUGGAAAUAAAAUGGUGUUUGGCCUUUUCUUCCCGAUGUCGAAGAGAGCUGUGGUUUAUAUUGUGGACACAGUCAGAAGUGACCAGAUGCCAACACUGACCGCACUAUUCAAUGCAGAAAGAAACUCAAAACUGUCCAAGGUGGAUGAGGAGGACCUGCCCCCUGCCAAUCACACCUUUGAUUACAAACUGGAGAAGGAUGUACGACAGGUGUACAGGUCAAUCCAAAGGUCACUGUCCGCCUACAAGGACGAAAAGCGGGGACCCACCUACAUAGCCAUCCAAUCACCUCAAGAUUUCCAGCACUUGACCUCCUCCAUGCCAGGACUGAAUGAUUUUCCACUAGUGCCUAUUCACAUCACAGACAGUGACCGCCUGUACAGCGUGUUGGACUGGCAGAGAGUGGGAUGUAGACGUAUGAUACAACAUUACCUGAACGUCAAGAUCAUCCUCCAGUCCAUGACGGAGCAGUGCCGGUACCUACACAUCCCCCUUGGGAACCUUCCCAAGGACAUCACCAUGUUUGGCUGUGACUUGUUCUUUGCCCGCCACCUCCAGAAGAACAACCACGUGUUGUGGUGCUCCCCCACAGAGCGACCUGACCUCGGGGGCAAGGAAGCGGACGACAACAGGUUGUGUAUGGAGUUGGAGGAGAGUACAAGUGUGGAGGUCAACAACCCUGGGACCUUCCCCACGGUGUGUGUAGAGCUAGGAAUCUCUAGUCUGGCCGUCAACACCAUUAUAGAGUCAGCCCAUGUCAAUGACCAAGAAGGGGCCAGUGCUGUGAGUUUUGACAUUCUCCCUCAGUCAUCGCUGGAGGAAAUGGUUCAGGGCCAAGGUGCUGCCACCUAUCUGGCAAGCUAUGAUGAAACUGCUCUCUGCUCAACAAGUUUCAGAAUUCUAAAAACAAUGGUGCAUGGUUGGGUGAGAGAUGUUACCCUAUACAACAACAUAUUUGCUGACAACCAAAUCAUUCACUUCUAUAGGUGGCUGCGUUCUUCCAAUGCCCUACUGUAUGACCCAGCCCUGCGGAGAACUCUUCACAACAUGAUGAAAAAAGUCUUUCUGCAGCUCAUAUCGGAGUUUAAACGACUGGGAUCAAAUGUAGUGUACGGGAACUUCAACCGUCUGAUUUUGUGCACUAAGAAGCGGCGUCUGGUGGAUGCCCUGGGUUACGUGGAGUACAUCACCAACAGCAUCAAGACGCGGGAUCUGUUCAAACUGGUGGAAAUGUCGUACGAACAGUGCUGGGAAUACUUGAUGUGGCUGGACCCUGCCAACCAUGGGGGAGUAAAGGGGAAGCUGCCCUCAGAAUCCCCUCUGGAGCAGACUCAGCCCGACCCGGAGAAAGAGGGGGGUCCAGAUAGUGAAGAGGAGGGAGAGGAGACCGAAAGGGAGGAGAGAGAGGUCCUCAACAGGUCUGAGGACGAGGAUGAGCCUGAAAUUGAAAUGAAUUGGAACAUAAUGCAUUUCCUACCAGAAGCAGGUGCUUGCCAGACAAAUUUUAAUCUGAUCGUGGCUGGAUACAUUUUGUCUGUGUACAAUCAGCUUCAGGAGGAGCAGAAAGUCCAGACCCCAGGGAAUACACCUGUCAAGCGGCGGCACAACAGCGAGAGUCAGAAAGUUGUAGAGACGACAACCACACCACAGUCUGUGACCUUCGCACAAGAGCUGGUGGCCGGAGAUCUCGCUCAACAAAUGUUUCUACUCACUCAGAAAAUCCACAAGAAAUUUGGUCACAUCAGUGACAUGUCUGGUGAAUUUCCAAACAGACCAGGCUCACACUUAUCCAUGCAGAACCCAGCUUUAGAAUUCAUCAAAUGUGUCUGUAAGGUUCUUUCCCUCGAUAGCAAUAUUAACCUUCAGGUGAUAAAGUUAAAGCGAGACCUUCUAAAACUGAUAGGAAUCGGAGAGUUUGCCGAGGAAGCAGCCUUCUCUGACCCAUGUCUCUCCUAUGUGUUACCAGAGGUCAUAUGUAAAUCAUGUAACCACAUCCGUGACCUUGACCUGUGUCGUGACCCUUACCUUAGCCAGGAGAGGUCGGACUCCUCCUGGGCCUGUGUGCAAUGUAAAGCCCCCUAUGACAUGGACGAGAUUGAGGACACACUUCUUGAUGCUAUUCACCGGAAGUCUAUGGCCUUCAUACUACAAGACCUUAAAUGUGUUAAAUGCAAUGGAAUUAAGGAGAACAACAUGAGGAAGUACUGUAGAUGUGCUGGAGACUUUACAAACACGGUGCCCGCUGCUGAUCUGUACAAAACACUGAUGACAUUCAAAGGGAUCGCAAGGCACUAUGAGAUGGUACUGCUGAUGGGAACAGUGGAUUGGAUUUUGAAAAUGAACCCACAAAUGAGUAACAAUUGAUGAAACCUGAGUAGUCCAAGGAAUAAUUGUGCAGAUAAUUGACUGUGAUAUUUAAUAAAUUAAGUGCUUGAUCAACCAACUUUAAAAUAACUUUACUUUCUCAAUUUGGUUAUUUUAAAAAUGCCAAGUGAUUCUGUAGACCUUUGGGAGCUGCAAAGUGUCCAGUGCAAGAGAUCAACUAUGGAUCCCACUACCGUAAUUUACACAGUAGGCCAGAAAGUUUGUUUAAACUUCAGCCACAGAUGUUGAAGUCUGCUAGAUAUUGACCCUAACUGAUAUUGCAGUCUUUUAAAUAAAAACAAUGCCCUAGUUUAUGCACUAGUGUCAGUUACAUUUUUAAAUCAAUGUUAUCUUGACAAAGUUCACCUAAUGAGGUGGAGGAAUGUUUUCCAGUGCCUGGCCACAGCAAGUACAUGUACUACUAAAGUAGUUCAUGAUUAUGUGCCUGAAAAAUAAUUGGACAAUUUGGAAGCUAUAUCUAUUUUUGUAGAAAAAAUUCUGGGGGUAAAUACUUGGAAGUUUUUAAAAAAAAAAAAAAAUCUAGCCCUGAAAAGAAAUACUUCAGAAGAAAACGCUGCCUCAUAUAUAAUGAAAACGUAGCUUGACCUUUUGCCUCCGUUAACUUGUGACAGUUUGUUACAGCUUCAGAUAACCAAGAUCUAUGCAAUAGACUUGAAAAUUAGAGUGUGAGCACUUGAUACGAUUGCUACUUCAUCCCAGCUAUUGAACUUUGACAUACCCCAGUAACUAAUCAGUGUGUACACUUGAAAUGGGGCCAACAGAGAUAAUAACAAUAAAAAUAGGAUAACUGAAACUAUAUUUAAUAAGAAUUAUACAACAAAUUUAAAUUGAAUCAAUACAUAUACAUCUCGAUAAAAAUGUUGAUUUAUAUCAGUAGGUAUAAAACACGGAUAUGGUAAAAGGAUAAAACUAAACGAUGAGUAAACUGGAUAUCAGGGAGGCUAUUGAUUGUGCUGUAGUGUCCUGUAUGGCCCCAAAACUUAUCACAUUAGACAAAUGUAAGUUAAUGAGUGUUCUAAAGCUAUCUUACACAAUCACAUGGUGUCAGUACUGAUUUAAGAAUUGUCUUGUAUAUACAUGUACAUGGCCAUUAGAGUAAAAUGAAUAAAUAGAAAUUGCAUUCCACAUAUAUAUAUAUAUAUACCGGUAGUUUAAAACUAGCAUUUUUACUUGUAAAACUCGAAUACAAAAACUGUUGGCAUAUAUGCUACAUGCAUAACAUGAACUUGAAAAAAGAAUCAACAAAUCAUAGAGUUUUCUACAGAGAAUUAAAAAAGGCUAUAUGAAUGCCAAAAUCUAAAAUAUGAAAAUAAAAUGUAAUUCAUACUUAGUAUGUAAAUU